AUGGGCGGGCAAUGGCAGCAAGCAUUGAAGUUGGUUGGGACCAUGUCUGCAGAACAAGUUCAGCCCAACGUUGCCUGUGAGAAGGGCGGGCAAUGGCAGCAGGCAUUGAAGUUGUUUGAGGCCAUGUUAGAGGCAAAAGUGCGACCGACUGCAAUUAGCUACAAUGCAGCGAUCAGUGCCUGCGAGAAGGGCGGUCCAUGGCAGGCAACAUUGACUUUGUUUGAGGCGAUGCCCACGGCAGAAUUGCAGCCAGAUGUCGUUGGCUACAGCGCGUCAACUAGUGCCUGUGAGAAGGGCAGUCAAUGGCAGCAAGCCUGGAAACUUUUUGAGGACAUGCUCAACGCCAAAGUGCAGCCAGACGUCAUCAGCUACAAUGCAGCCAUCAGCGCAUGUCAGAAGGGUGGUCAAUUACAGCAAGCAGUGAGGCUAUUUGAUGCCAUGCAAAGCAUAUGUGGGGCUUGGUGUCAUCAACUGCAAUGUGGUCAGUAG